AAAACGAGCAGCUUUUUCUUUCUUUCUUUUUCUUUUUGACUCACCUUCUGAUCCUAUAUAGACUGCUACUAGUAAGCCAUUAACAUGGAAACACUAUCUCUGCGGUGGCGAAGCUGAUUUUCAUCUGAUUUACGUAAUAUCAGCAGACAGAAACAGAAGGUAAGGCGCUUAAAGAUCCACACCAUGGAUGAUAAUGGUGAUUCAUUUCCCCAGCUGGGGAGUGUGUAUAGAAAAGGUACCGGCGGUAGCCAAGUCAAGCGGUUGAAUAAAGAUGCGGCAAAUCUCAAUGUCGAAUCUGCACAUAGACACAGUGGAAAGGUUGCUGCAGGAGGCGGGGGUCCUCAGAUUUCUGCCCCUAGUCCAUGGGGACGUCCAAAUUUGUUGGACAAGCUUAGGAUGCAAAUAAAUGUCAAUGCCAGGACAAAUCAAAAUGUUGAUUCUAAGAAGUGCUCUAUCUCUGGAAAUGAAUUUUCUUCUCAACAGAGCAGCUACAUUGUGCAGGGACAGAAUGAGAUUACUCCUCAAAUUGUUUCCCAACAGUUGGAUGGUGUGGAAGAGAGUGAUAAUAAGAAUGGGAUUGAUUAUAACACAGAUGAGGAUGAGGAGAUAUUUGGCAGUAGUGAUGAUGAUGAACUUUCUGAUGAUGAUUUUGAUUUAUAUGCAAGUGAAAAGAGCCAUGAGAUGCGCAAGAAGAGCAAGUGGUGCAAAGGAUUCUUUGAAGACAUGGAAAAAUUGACUGUUGAAGAGCUGAAUUUACCACGAAGAAAAUGGCAUUGCCCUGCUUGCAAAGGGGGUCCUGGUGCCAUUGACUGGUAUCGAGGCCUCGAGCCCUUAAUGUAUCAUGCCAUGACGACAAAGACGAGAAGGGCAAAGCUCCAUCGUCUAUUUGCUGAACUUUUGGAUGAAGAGACACGAAGGGAGGGAAUUUCAGUAGCACCAGUUGGUGUAGCCUUUGGCAGGUGGCAAGGUCUAAAUGACAAAAUCAAAGAUUUUGAAAUAGUUUGGCCUCCAAUGGUUGUCAUCAUGAACACAAGAUAUGAGCAGGAGGAAAAUGGCAAGUAUAUUGGCAUGGGAAACCAAGAGCUUCUGGAUCACUUCAAAGCAUAUGCUGCACUGAAGGCUAGACAUUCAUAUGGUCCACAAGGGCAUAGAGGGAUGAGUAUGUUGAUAUUUGAUGACACAGCUGCAGGUUAUUUAGAGGCUAAUCGGCUGCACAAACACUUCAAAGAGCAAGGAAGAGACAGGGAUGCCUGGGAUAGUAAACGAGUUCCAUUCUGUUCAGGGGGGAAGCGCCAACUCUAUGGCUACAUGGCUUUGAAAGAAGAUCUGCAAAUUUUCAACCAGCAUUCUCAAGGGAGGUCCAAGCUGAAAUAUGAGAUGAGGUCAUACCAAGAGAUGGUUGAGAAACGUAUAAAGGAAAUAAAUGAGAACAGCCAACAGCUUGUCAAGUUUAAGGACAAGAUUACUCAAGAACAAAAGCAUUCUAAAGUUCUAGCUGACUCUCUAAGCAGAUUAAGCGAGGAGCUUCGCAAGACCAUAGAAAAGAAUCGCAGUAUGAGACAGCGAACUAAGUUGCUGCUUGAAGAAAACAGGGGAGAGAUGGAUUCCCAAGAACAAUUCUUCAAGGAGCAAAUCAAAGUUAUCCAUCAAGCUAUAGAUACAAAAGAAGAUGAUUUUGAGAAGUUACUAGAGGAAAAGUGGGAGAAAGUUAAGCAGUCAAAUGCAAAUCUAUCUGCUACAGAUGAUACCAAUAGGAUGGAGGAUAUGGUUAGUUUCAUAAAAUUCCAGGACAAAGAGAUGGAAGAAUUUGAAGCAGAGAGGAAGAAGCUGAUAAAGAAUCAUGAAGACAAGAAGAGUUCAAUAAUGAAGAGAUAUUGGGAAGAGAUACUUGAUUUGGAAAAAGAUUUGGAAACUGAGCUAAACCAACUUAUGGAAAAGUACAAAAGCUCAACCUGAGAUAAAAACCAGCAACAGCAACCCAUCAAUUUGAAGCUGAGGAGAUUUAGAGAAGAUACUGAAUACAGAAUCUAUACAUGCAUACAUUGGUAAACAUCAUGAAAAUGGAGAGAUUUCAUUUUUCUUUUUAAAGAAAAGGCAGUAAAAAACGAAGUGGAGAUUCCAAAAAAGGAUUCUUCAUCACUAUUCAUGUUUUCUAAAUUUAUUUUAUAUAGAACAAGUCUGGAGUUCAA